AGACGUCCUGGCUCCAGGCGCUUCGGUGGCGCGCACGCCGCGCGCGGGGCCCGGCGCGCUGGAGCUGCCGCGAGCUCCGCGAGAUGCUCCCCGCGAUCUCGGAGCGGCGACAGGGUUCACCGCCAUGCUGCCGCGCGAGUGGAGCCGGGCGAGCCCCCGGCACGCGGCCACGACCAGGAAGCGGGUCCCCGUGAGCGGCGCGUACGACGCCGAGGCCCACUUCGGCAUGGCCGUCGACCGGAAGGUGAGCCUCGAGCGGCUGAGCGGGCCGUGCUCGCCGAGGAAGGUGCGGCGGGGUGCCGCGGCGCCGUGCGGCGGCGCGGCGGCCCUCGACGGCGCCGCCCGCCAGGCGCUGCCGGGGGCUCUGCCGCACGACCCCGCCGGCUGGACCCACCCGUUCAUGGUCGAGGACCCGCACUGGCAGGCGGCCGCGGCGGCGGCCGGCGGCGCCUCGCACGAGCUGGGCCAGCCGCUGCAGCCCAGGGAGCAGCCCGAGGCCUCGCCGGCGGUGCCGCCCACGUCGCCGAAGCUGGGGGCGAGCGCGCUGGCGCUGCUGCGCAGGGCCACCACGUGGGCUCCGAGGACCCCUGUGCGCCGAAGCCUGGAGGAGACCCCGCCGACAGCGCUGGCACCAGCGCCGGAGACACCGCCAGUGCAGGCGCAGCACCCACACAGGCAGCCCAGCGAGGCGUCCCUGCCGCAGGAGGCCCUGGCGCUGCUCGAGGAGGCGCUGGACGGCUGGGACCUGGACGUGGUGAGGCUGGCGGCGCUGACCGACAACCGGCCGCUGAGCUCGAUGGGCUGCUUCUUGUUUGAGCGGCUCGGGCUGGCUGCGCGAUUCUGCCUGGACCGUGAGAAGCUCAGAGGUUUCUUCGUGGAACUCGAGCGCGGCUACGACGACGCCGUGCAGUACCACAACCGCCUCCACGUGGCCUCUGUGCUGCACCUGACCCACGCGGCGCUGCGCAGUGGGGGGCUGGCGCAGAAGGCAGCAGCCCACCUCGACGAGGGCGACGGGGCGCUGGUGACGAUGGCCUGCCUGCUCGCAGCCGCCGCACACGACUUCGAGCACGCUGGGCGCACGAACGACUUCCUGGUCAAGACUGGCCACGACCGGGCGCUGCGCCACAACGACGGGCGCGUGAACGAGCACCACCACGCCGCCGCGUCGCUGGCGCUGCUCCAGCGCCCCGGCCUGGACUUCCUCGCUGGGCUGUCGCGGGAGGAGUUUCGCCGACUCCAGGGCCUCUUCGUGGAGCUGAUCCUUGCCACCGACAUGGCGUCCCACAGCAGCAUCCUGGAGUCGUUCCGCGCGGCGCUGGACGCGUCCGAGGGCCGCGGCUUCGCGCCCCGCUCGCCGGCGGACGCGGUCCUGCUGCUGCAGAUGGCGCUGAAGUGUGCCGACCUCGGCCACCUCACCCUGAACCGCGCCCUGCACCUGCACUUUGUGCAGGGCCUGGAGGCCGAGCUCUUCGCGCAGGGCGACCAGGAGAAGGCCCUGGGCCUGGAGGUGUCCUUCCUGAUGGACCGGGAGCAGCCGGGCGCAGCCGCCUCCCAGGUCGGCUUCUUCGAGGCCGUGGCCCUGCCCACGUUCCGAAGCCUCGCGAGGGCCUGCCCGGCGCUCCAGCCGAUGCUGCGAGGUGCCGAGGCGAACUACCAGUACUGGAAGGGCCUGCAGGGCUAGGGCCGGCGAGGGCGGCGGCCCCGCCGCCGGCGCGCAACGUGGAAGGCCGGCAGCGACCCAGAAGUCGGCACGCCGCUCGGCGAUCGGACGCCUCGGAAAGGGCCGAUCCUCCAAGUCCGCCGCACCCGACCGCUCCCAUCUCUUCGAGGCCGAAGACGGCCCCAUGACCGCCCGCUCCGACUCCUCUCGGAGCGUCGGGCCUCUGGGCGGCGCCGGAGGGCCCCCGCGGUGCGUCGGCCGCGAGCGCCGAGGCCGGUCGGCACGGCGCGCACACACACCCGCGGCUUGCCGAGGCUCGCCCGGCGGGGCCUCGCCCGCACGGGCCCGUCUCCUCUCGAUCGGAGGGCACGGCGGCGGCCGGCCGGAGAGGGGUUGCGCUUGCGCUCGGGUUAUGGUCAUGCACGUUCCACC